CUUGGAUACUUUUAUUGAACAUGACUCAUGGAGAAGAGCUUGGCUCUGAGAUGCACCAGGAUUCUGUUGUUCUAACUUACCUAGAGGGAUUACUAAUGCAUCAAGCAGCAGGAGGCUCAGGUACUGCCGUUGACAAAAAGUCCACUGGGCAUAGUGGAGAGGAUCAAAACUUUAAGAUUUCUGGAAAUAUAUUCCCCAGCUGUCAAAGUAAUGGUCAAGUUCUUAACCCAAAUACAUAUCAGGGAUCUGGCAUGCUGCAUCUCAAAAAAGCAAGACUGUUGCAGUCUUCUGAAGACUGGAAUGCAGCAAAGAGAAGGCGGUUGUCUGAUUCCAUUGUGGAUUUAAAUGGGAAAAAGGAAGCUUUGUUAGCUGGCAUGGUUGAAAAUGUGCCUAAAGGCAAACAGGAUAGCACCUUACUUGCCUCUUUGCUUCAGUCAUUCAGCUCUAGGCUGCAGAGUGUUGCUCUGUCACAACAGAUCAGGCAGAGCCUUAAGGAGCAAGGGUAUUCCCUUAGCCAUGAUUCUUUACAAGUGGAGAAAGAUUUAAGGUGCUAUGGAGUUGCAUCUAGUCACCUGAAGACUCUGCUGAAGAAGAGCAAAGCAAAAGACCAGAAGCUAGACAACAGCCUGCCUGAUAUAACAAAAAACUUGCCCAAAGAGAGGUUUAUAGAAUCUCCUCAUGCAGUACAGAGCGGACCUAAAGUGAUAAAUGAGCCACUGUCAUGUGCUGCAAGAUUACAAGCUGUUGCAAGCAUGGUAGAGAAACGAUCUAGUCCUGCAGCUUCACCUAAGCCCAGUGUAGCAUGCAGCCAGCUAGCUUUACUUCUUUCCAGUGAAGCUCAUUUGCAGCAGUACUCCAGGGAACAUGCUUUAAAAGCACAAAAUGCAAAUCAAAUAGCAAGUGAGAGACUUGCAGCUAUGGCCAGAUUACAAGAAAGUGCCCAGAAAGACGUUGGCCAGUUCAGUUUAUCAAAAGGAAUGACAAGCCAUCUCAAUGGUCAAACCAGACCAUCAACCAAAACAGUAUCGAGCAAAAGCAAUAUGGCACCAUUUCAGAAUUCAGCGGGAAUCAUGCAUUCGCCUCCCAAGAACGUAGGAUACAAAAAUAAUUUGGAAAGGAGUAACUUGAAAACUUCUCCCAGCAACAGUUUGCUCCUACAUCUCCUGAAAAGCCAGAAUACCACCAAACAAGCAAAAGGGCAUGAACAGAGUGAGAGAGCCAGCAUUUUUGAAGACAGCAGCACACCAACAACUAUUGAUGAGUAUUCAGACAACAAUCCUAGUUUUACAGAAGAUGACAGCAGUGAUGAUGAAAGCUCCCAUUCUAACUGUCUUCCUAUAGACUUAUCCUUUAAACAGAGGACAGAUAAACUGGAUGCAGGUCCACCUGCAUCACUGGAUAACCUGACUCAGUCCUUACUUCAUAACUGGGAUCCAAAAGUUCCUUGUCCAGAAAACAAGGAAGACAAAGACACUCCGAAGGCUUCUAAGUUGAAUCCCCAUCAGAAAGUAACACUACUUCAGUUGUUACUUGGGCAUAAGAGCGAAGAAAAGGCAGACAAAAGUAAUGACUCUCAGGGACCACACGGUGCAGCUGAUGUGGCAAAAUUCACUGUACAAACUGGUAAAAGGACUCCUGUUGCAGACAGUCCCAGUACAAAUCGAAUGACUCCAUUAAGCACUCCACCUUUACUUGUUUCUACAAAAGCAGACUCUCCUAUAAAUCUCUCGCAUCAGUCGUCUUUAGCCAUGAAGCGUAGUUCACCACCAUAUGCCUGUAGCAUUCAGCCGGACAGGGUGGUGAAUCCUGCAUCUAAACAUUUGAUAGACCUUUCUAAAAGCAAAGAAAUCCAAGGAGCUAAGCUGACCAGAAACGAUAGUCCACAGAACUCUUCGGCUUUCAGUGCCAGCAAGCUGUUGCAGAAUCUUGCUCAGUGCGGUAUGCAGACUUCCAUGGCAAGCGACGAACAAAGAACCAGCAAACAGCUACUAGCCAUGAAUGCAGAGAAACCUGUAGGCUUAAUUGAUAGAUUGAACAGCCCUCUGCUUACGAAUAAAUUGAGCACACAUGAGGAAAACAACAAAAUAUUCAGUUGUCAGCCUACACCCACGGAACAAGGACUUCCAGGUUCAGAAAUAGAAAAUCUCCUUGAAAGGCGCACUGUCCUUCAGCUGCUUCUGGGCACUCCGAAUAAAGGUAAAAGUGAAAAGAAAGAGAAGGUGCUUUUAAGAGAUGAAAGUUCUCACGAACAGACAGAUAAGGCUUUGAAUGAGCAAAUAUUGACAGUGAAAAUAAAAACUGAACCUUCUGAAGAAUCAAAUGUUCCUUACAAUUCAAAUGCACAACAAAUACGAGAGUGCAAGGGUAACAAAUUUCAAGGAUUUGUUCAUUCACUGCAGAGAAACACAGCUGCUUCUCCAGCAUCUGAGGACUUGAAAUCUGAGCCUCUUUCACCUCAAGAUUUCUCUUUUUCCAAAAACGGCCUGCUAAGUAGAUUGUUGAGACAGAAUCAAGAUAGUUACCCUGCAGAUGAGCUGGACAGAAGUCACCGAAACCAUGAGCUGACACAUUUUGAAUCAAAGAGUCUUUGCACACUACCGAAGAAGAGGAAACUUCAUGCUGAGCCUUCGGAAAGUCCAUUAAAAAAGAUGAAAAGUAAUGUGUCUGAUGCUGCAAACAAUCACGCUUCUCCGACAGAGGCACUCUAUGGGCCUUUGCUUAACCAGCAAGAACUGAAAUUCAACAGAAGCGAUGUUGAAUUUAAAUAUGCUGUAGGUCAUGGUUCAAAUAAUGAAAGUGAAAAUAGGAGUUGGUCUAGAGAUAGUAAAGGCUUUAAUGUGUUGAAACAGCUGCUUCUGUCAGAAAACUGUGAGAGAGAUCUGUCACAACAUAGGAAUAACAUACCAACUGACGGCAAGAAAAAAGGAAACAAAAACAAUGCAACAAUUAAUAAACCUGAAUUCAGCAUUUCUUCAGUAAAUGCAUUGAUGGGAAGUCCUGUGCAGCAGAACAGUUGUGUAGACCAUAGAACAUUUCAGUAUCCAGUAGCAGUAAAAAGUCCCGCCAGUUCCCCCUUCCCUGAACAUUUGGGGAGUACAGUAUCUAGACCUGAAUCUGACCAGUUUAGUGUGUGUCCCAUGCCCAGUGAAAAAGGUCCCAUCAGAUGGGUUAUCACAGGUAUGGACAAGAAUGAUUACGAAAAAGAAUCUCCAAGACUGACCAAAACCAAUCCAAUAUUGUAUUACAUGUUACAGAAAGGCGGCAACUCUGUUAGUAGCCAAGAAGCACAUGACAAAGACAUUUGGAAUGAACCUUCAUUUACUGAUAGUUCAACUCGUGUUACAAUCAAAGAGGAGUUAACAUCUGAUGCAGAGCUUAAAAAUCCUUUUAAUAACUUACGAAGUCCUUACAACAGCCAUAUGGGGAGUAAGACCUCUCAUCAGCAUGGUGUGAACGGAGAAGUGCAUGGACUUUUGGAAAAAGUGCUAACAAUCAAAAAAGAGCCAGAAUAAAAUACAGCCUGCCAAUGAGUUUACAAUCAGUGGUUUUGAAUCUUUGUUUAAAAAAAAAAAAAAGAAAAAAGAAAGAAAAGGAAAAAAAAAAGAGUACAAACUUGAAUACUGUAUAAAUUGAGCAUGAUUUGAAAAAAGCAUGGUCUAAUUGAAACGUUUUCAUUUGAUAAACUUUUUAUUUUUCUGGUGAUGUUAUUUAAAAUACAUGUAGAUAAAAAUUGCUUUAUAAUAGAUUGUCACAAGGAAACUAGAAAGGUUGUAAUUUGUAUGAGACAUUUCUGUAUGCAUCAAAUUAAGUUAUGGGUACUCUUUGAUCCAAGUCUUACCUGGAUCUGUGAGUCUUUGGCAUAACAAAGUGUAAGCGUACAGCCUAGGUGGUGGUAAUGCUGCGUUUCCUCCCUCCCCUGUAAAAUAAUCCUUUUUUUUUUGGGAAGCCUAAGCAUAGAGACAGUGUACUUUUUUUGAAUGUUUAAUAUGUUUUGUGACAUUUUAAGAAUAACUUUUAAGAACUGGAGCAGUCCGUCCAAGGUAUUAGCUCAUCAUAUUGGAAAACCUAUGUCAGUGUUAAUAAUUGAUAUGCACUGAAAUGUAAUUUUUAGUGCUUCCAAAUUUUUUAUUGUUGUUUUAAAAUCUUGUUUGUGGUCCUUACAGAAUAGUGGUGUAAGAUCUACUUUUUUUCCCUUGCCCUGCUUUUGAGAAACGCCUUCCUCAGAAUCCUUAGCUGUAGUUAUAAGUUCUUAGCUAUCAUUAAAGUUUUUCCUAGUUUUUUUUUUAUAUAAAAGGUAGAUUUUCAUAUACCAUGCAAGUACUGCAUGAGUCUCUUUUUGGCUUAUUCCUGUCCCUUCCCUGCUUAAAAGGGGAAAGUCAAAAUGUCUCUUGGAGUACUGGGACUAAAAAAGCCUGUCACAUUUAUUUAGUGAGGAAAAUGAUGGAAAGUUUGUGAAUCAGAUAACCAGAAUAGUUUGCUCUGCACCAUCUUGCUUCCUUUACAGAAGAAUACCAACAGUGUAAAAGUGGCGCAUCUGACUUCCACUCAAAUAUGGAAUAGGAUUUCACUGACAAUUUGUUGGCUUCUUCCUACAACUAGGGAAAAGAAUCCAUAUUCUGCCAAUAUUUAUUACUCUCCAAACAGCUGAUACCUGGUUUAAUGCACUACCCUUUCAUUGUAGAAAACCUGCUUUUAGACUCAUUUUUUCAGGUUAUGCAGAAGAUAAAAAUUGUAGUUUUGUCAUGUUCUGUGAUGGAUAGUGGGAUAUGUCUCAGAAAUGCCCUUCUGCCCUCUUCCUCGAUCCCCACCUGUGCUGUGAUUUGUCACAUCUGGCAAUAUCAGCCUGCGCUGGAAGUAACUGAAUGUUGCAGUCAAAACUGAGGCACCAUAAAAGAAUUGCUGACCGGGGAGAGACAGGCAGCACUGCUUUCCCUGGAGUCAGUGUUAACUCCAUGUGGAGCCCUUAAUUCUCGUGAGGGAGGGGAAGAACAAAAUCCAGUUCCUCUAAGUUACAUGCAUUAUUAGUAACUAUAAGUUUUGCUGAACUUUGAUCUACCCUCCUGAAAAGAUGUUCUCUGUAGCUUUAGACUUCACCACUAAUUCCCAGUGUUAUCAGAAAACAGUUCAGAUUUGGUUUCGCAGAGACAUUCUCUUUUUUUUUUUUUUUUUUAAAUUUUGAUCAUUUUCACCACUGAGAGCUGAUGACGUGACAGAACGUUGUUGUUUCUGUUCAUCUCAUGUUUGCAUAGGAGAAAUGAGUGAUGGGGCGUUUUGCUCUUUUCCUUUCUGGUUUCGUUUCACAGAUUCUUUCCCCAGACUGUUGCCUUGCCUAGACAGAGCAAGCUUUUUUUCCCCCAUCUCGUCCCCUGCCCCCAGUCUUGAUCAGUUUGCCUUCUUUCCAGUGCAGUCCCUCUGAAAGGGACUUCUCUCGUCUGCCAGCUGGCUAAUAAUGCACCACUAGUCUAUUUUAUUCUCUCGGGGGAUACCUUCUUUUAGGGAACACAAAUAUUUGGCAGUAUCGAAUAUAGAACAUUCCCCCUGGUUUAUAUGAGAAAUAACAGAGCAAUUUAAAGGUAUAUUUUUAUGUUAUUUGGGUGAAGUGUAAUAUAUUAAUGGGCUGUACAAAGAAGAUUUAUAUUUUAAAACCUUCACACAAAUUUAAUGUCAUUUUAAAUGUCAUUGUCGGAAGUAUAAUAUAAAAAUAAAAUUUUGUUUGUCUUUAAUAUUUGCAUUUAUAAGUGGCCCGGUGACAAUUCAACUGUGUCGUAGAAUAAUCAUUAAUGAGAUAAAGUAUAUUUUAGAUUGACAGUGACAAUGAAUUCUUUUUAUAUGAGUCAACCCAGCAUAAAUAUUAAAAAAGAUGGUAUUUGUUCCAUCCAUUAAAUGUCUCUUAAAAAGUCUUAAUCGAUUAUUUUUCUUGAAACAACAUGUAUAUAGUUAGGAAAUAUAUACAAUAUAGAAUAAUAGAUGGUCCCCAGAGUAAAUACAGGGCUACAAUUUGCUUGAAGGGCUCCACAGAAAAAGCAGUUUGAAUGGGUGUGAAAUAAUGCAGUUGGAAACAAAAAAAAUCAGCUGAAAAGUAGGGAACACUGUCUAUCUAACCCUAACAAAAAGUAAUACUGGAGUCCUAGGAGUGUGCUUACCCAUGUAUUUAUUCCAAGGCAGUCUAUUGUUAUAAUAUAUACUUUUGAACAUUUAGUUUUUAAAACUUUAUAAAACAUUUAAGUUAAAAUGUUAAUUGCCACACAGUUUUAUCAGUUAAUGGUUUAGCCUUUCCUUGUAGGUUAUAUUAUUUAAAAAAAGGGAUAUUACAAUUCUCACAGAUGUCAGUAAAGCAUAACAAAAAUUUACACAAAAAUUUAAUUUCAGGACAUGCUCUUCAUAGGAGAAUCUUACCUGUUGUAGACCUGGCAAUCUCAAAUAGUGUGUAACAUACUACAUUAAGGCCCUUGAGAGGUAGAUGUGCUAAUCUGAUGCUCUUCAGUCAGCCACUGGGGGGGGGGCAGGGGCAGCUCUCUUCUGUGUUAAAUUCUUCUCCCUCAGAAAGAGCAUUCUUUCUAAAUCUGCUCCGUCCACAAUUUAUAGCCUUUAAACCUGAGGCUUUUUCAUAUCUCUCUGUCUCUUUCUCUUUUUUUUUUUUUUUUUUUUUAAUCUUGCAGCCUCGAUGAGCAGGAAAGUAUCACCCCCAUUUUCCCUGGGGAGUUUUCCUUCUCAGUUGUCCCAUGGGAAAAGGGGGUGCAGGAGCUGGAUUUGCUGCACCAGCAGAGGGACUAGUAGGGCUGGCUGCAUUGUCCCAAGCAACCCAAAGAUCCUGUAUUCCCACGGCCCCUGUAGGAUAAGUGACAAGCCAAGGUCAUUUGUGCAGAGUGCUGCUCUGCAUCCUCAGCAACUCCCAUCUCCUUGGUUCAGUAGACAUUUACUCCUAGGAGAUAAUGCAUUUCAGCUGUCCCCAGUAUGCUGCCUCAGACUGUGGGAGUGGAGGCUUCAGAGAUGCAGUCUGCAAACAGGAGAUUGACAUUUCAGCUGGGCUGUUAGGCUAUAGACUUAAACAGAAACGAUGCGAUAUCUGACUUGGCAGCAAUAUAGCUGUGUAGGCAAGAGGUGCAGGACUGUCAGAGGCUGUUGUGCAACCUCACCAUCGAGCGAGUUGGGAGGGAGAGGAGGAGAUCACAUUGCAGUUGUAUUGGGGAGAGACUGCUGGGGGAAAGCUGCCUCCUCCUCAGGGAACAGUGAAAAAUCGAGUUAGGGAUGUGUUUACACCACUGUUAAAGAUGUAAUUGCAGCCCUUUAGGACUUACCCCUGAGCUAGCUUUAACCUCACUAGCAGAAUAGCUGCAGCAGCAGUGGUUGUGAAGUGCCCAAUGCCGUGCUCCAGUUUGCAUCUAUGCGGAUGCUUACGCUGCUUCAACUACCCUGUUGGUGUAGCACCCAAGCCAGGUAGAUUUCAGAAUUGACUUGCAAUUGCCACACAGACAUACCUUUUGUUUCCAGAGGGACUGAGAUAGCCAGGGCAAUUUCUAGUGUCUCCUCUGCCAAAAUUUGAGGAAAUAAGAGGGAAGUAACACAUGACCACAGCAUCAAAGCUGUUUUGCCAGAAGGCUUCUCUAGUGAUGCCAUCUAUCCCAUCAGCGCAGUUUGAGAAGUUCAUAAACAUUACAAAAUCAAAAGGGAAUUCAGCCAUAACUUUCACUUUUUUUAGCCAUUUCUUCUUAGUAAUGUUUUUAAAUUUUUAAUUUACAAGUGUUUUUAAAAGAAAGAAAUGAAUGGUUUAAAUUUUCCCUGUUAAAUGUUGGUGAAAGUAUUACAGCUCUCAUUGACGUCAGUGAUAUGAUAUUACCAGUUUGUUCUCUGCCACAUCUUACAGAGGAGUAAACUGGUAAGUAUAUAUUAUAUAUAUUUAUAUAUAAUGUAAAUAUAUUGACUUGUUACACCUAUAAUAUGUUGAAAUUGGUUUUUAAAAGGUGAUGUAAAUAGUGGUUUCCUUAAUGAAAAAUACAUAUUUUGUAUUGUUCUAAUGCAAAGGAAAAAAACCUUUUAAUCUUUUUUGUUAUGUAUAUUCCAUGUAUAAGUGUAAAUAUGAUCACAUAGGUUUAAAAACUUUUGCAUGUAUGUAUACAGUUGCAAGUCUGGAAGAAUGUAUAGAAAAUACUUUUAUUUAAAGUUGUGAUUACCUGCUGCAUGAAAAGUGCAUGGGGGACCCUGUGCAUCUGUGCGUUGGCAAAAAUGUCUUAACAAGUCAGGUCAGUUCAAGACACAACAGUAUUCCACUUCUGGACAUGACUUCUGCUAUGGUAUUUUAGCUUUGUGAAAGAAUGUGCUUCAAAUCAAAAGGGUCUGGGAAAAAACUCAAAACUACUUUUAAAACAUGAAGAAUUCAUACAACUAUAAUCAGUCAUAUAAGUUCAGGACUCCACUUUACCUAAGUGAAAUAUUGUACCAGGACUAUUCCAUUAUUGUAAAACAAAGGAAUAUUGAUUUUCAUUGCCAUACAUAAGAAUCUGGGGAUUUACCACAACCAAUUUUAUUGUGAUGUGUUUUCAGUAAUUAAUCUAACUGGUUUCAUUUUUUUUAUUAGAAAUUAAUUUCCUCAUGUGAUGUCACAAAACUGUACAUACUGCAGUGUGAAGUUUUUUUAAAUCUUUCAGUGUUUACUUCCUGCAGGAGAUUUGAAUAAAUGAGAAAAAUGCAUUGUC